AUGGGUAAUGGAAACUCGACAGAUGUUGGCGAUAAUUAUAAUCUUAUCGGCUCCAUUCGGCGUAAUAGUAAAAAGUCUGAAUUUCUUUUUGUCGACGGCAGAAGAUUUCAUAACGAAAAUGAUGCAAAUUACGUUCUUCCAAAUGAUGAUAAGGAAGUCGAUAGAUUACAAAUGCAGCAUUACCUAAUGAAACAUGUGUGGGGUGGUAAUUUCUCUUCUCCUAUCGAAACACAAUUAAAACAACAUGGAUCUAGGGUCCUAGAUGUCGGAUGCGGGACAGGGAUUGUUUCACUUGAUAUGGCACAUACAUUCCUUAAUUGUGAAUUCACUGGAAUCGACAUCUCGCCAAUUUAUCCAUCCGAAAUCAAACCUUCAAACGUUAACUUCCAAAAAGUCAAUGUUAUUCAGGGUUUACCGUUCCCAGAUAAUCAUUUUGAUUUUGUUUAUCAACGAUUUCUCGUUAUGUCACUUACACCAUCACAAAUCGAAAUUUUAAUAAACGAACUUCUCCGAGUUUUAAAACCUGGUGGCUGGGUAGAAAUCAUGGAAGCAGGAGUAGGGACAUUAAAUCAAGGUCCAGCACAGAAAUUACUCAUGGAUUCCAUCAAGAAACUUAUUAAUUCCAAUAAUUUAGUCUGGGGGAUAGAUAUUUAUCAAAAGAAUUUUGAGAACCAUCCAGGUUUAAUAGAUGUUAAAUUAGAGAAACGCGAGUGUCCAGCGGGAAAAUUGGGCGGUAAACUUGGCGAAGUGUGUCGAGAUGAUUUUUCAAUUGGAUGUGAAGCUCUAAAGUCAAAACUAGUGCCUAUACUAAAUUAUUCUGAUAAACAAUAUGAUGAAUUGAUAAAGGAAUUUAUCAAAGAACUUGAUAAUAAGUUUCAUUGA